UCGCUUCAAUAGGUAGAUGCUUUGCUAGGAAAAAUGGCUCUCCGCAACGCUGCCUCGUUCCUGGGCAAGAGCCUCGCUGGUGCAGCGGAGCUGGGCUUCAGCGCGGCCAAGACCGCUGGCGGAGAAGCCCUGACCAAUGCCUUCGUCACGGACGGUGUGCGCCAUGCUUCCAAUCAAGCUGUUAAGCAGCGCAUCAGGGCCAUUAAGAACAUCGGGAAGAUCACCAAGGCCAUGAAGAUGGUUGCCGCUUCCAAGAUGAAGAACGCGCAGGUCGCUGUGGAGCAGUCUCGCGGCAUCGUGAACCCGUUCGUGCGCCUUUUCGGUGACUUCCCAGCCAUCGAGGGCAAGCAGAACAUCACCGUGGCCGUCUCCUCGGACCGUGGUCUGUGCGGUGGCCUGAACUCCAACAUCGCAAAGUACACGCGUGCCCUGCUGAAGAUGGACCCCACCACGUCGGAGACCACCAAGCUGGUGUCCAUCGGCGACAAGGGCCGCUCGCAGCUGAUGCGCACCAACGGGGAGAUGUUCACGCACACGUUCAGCGAGACCUACAAGGUCCGCGUGACCUUCGCCCAGGCCUCGCUGAUUGCUGAGGACCUGCUCAAGUCCAACCCCGAGGCGGUUAAGAUCCUGUUCAACAAGUUCCGCUCCGCCAUCAGCUUCAAGCCCACCCUGGCCACCAUCCUCACGCCCGAGACGCUGGAGAAGCAGCUUACGGAGCCUAGCGGCAACCGCCUGGACGCCUACGAGAUCGAGGCCAGCCACGAGCGCAGCGACGUGCUGCGCGACCUGGCCGAGUUCCAGCUGGCGGCGGUGAGAGGGGCGGGGUGGCCGGCGCUGUGUGAUCUGGCCGAGUUCCAGCUGGCGGCGACGCUGUACAACGCCAUGCUGGAGAACAACUGCUCCGAGCACGCCAGCCGCAUGUCGGCCAUGGAGAACUCCACCAAGAGCGCGGGCGAGAUGCUGGGCAAGCUGACGCUCGAGUACAACCGCAAGCGCCAGGCCACCAUCACCACCGAGCUCAUUGAGAUCAUUGCCGGCGCCUCCGCCCUCAUGGACGCCUAGAGGGGGUCCUCACGUGUGGAGGUGGAGGCGGCAGGCGGGAGGUGGAGGCGGGGGCAGCAGGCGAGAGGAGCCGCUAGCGUUUGGAGCGGGCGGCCAGCGGCGGCCAGUGCUUCAUUCGUGGCAGCGGCGGCGGCAGUGGUGGCUGCCAAGGGGCCGGGGUUGUGCCUGUGUCCGUGCGAGCAAGGGGCGAGAUCAGCCGCCCGAGCGGCCUGGCGGAAGGAGGGCAAGGGCAGGCGUGCGUGCGUUCGUACGUUCGUGUGUGCGCGUGUUUGCAGCAGGGCUCUUGCGCGGCCGUGUGGCAUAUCUGCACAUGCACAUGUACUGGGUGUGGGAUGCGCCAUCGCGGGCCUGCACGCCAGCCGCCGCCGCCGCCAGCCUUCACCCCCGCCGGAUGGGGAUGCGGAGAGCGGGCAGGGGCAGGUAGUGGGCUGGCCGGCCGGCUUGCUGCCACCCUGUCGUCAUUUGGCAUAGCAACAUGAGCCGAUUUGUGUCAAGUGUGUUCAUUUGUGUGUGUAUUAGUUUCGGGAGCUGUCAACGACCAACGAGCGGGCGGUGCCGUUUGGGGCUCGCUCCAGGUUCUCAGGUGCAAGUAAGGGCCGCCCGCCGUGUUGACGGGUGUGGUAGCGCAGAUAGGCUGAUGGCGUAGGUAGUGCCGAAAAGGGGGUGAGUCAUGGUUCGCGCGUUUGUGAAAGCAGCAAGCCGCGUCAGCGCAGUUGAAGCCGGGUCUGCCGCCGGUAUCCGCGUGUGUGCGUGUGUAAGCUGCGAACAAG